AUGCCUUUAAAUAAAGACUUAGAGAUUAAUAAAAAACCUAUUAAUGAUGAUUUUAGUUUAAAUUGUAAUAAAAUAAAUGAACCUUUAAAAUUGGAGAAUUGUAAAGAUACAGAGCAUAUUAAAGAUGAUUUGAAGAAAAUAAAGAUUUGUUCAGAGAAGGAUAAUACAGGAUUUCAUAAUACAGAAACACCUAUUAAAACAUAUGGAGAUAUGGACAAUUGUUCUAUAAGAACGGUUUUAUCAUCUGGUAUGAAGAAAGAUUUUAGGAGAUCAAAGUCAAGUUCACCAAGAAAACCACUUCAAUUGAAAAAUAUACAUGAUGAUAAUUUUUUUAAUAUUUCAGAAGGAGUUAAAAAUAUACAGAAUACAUCAUGUGUUCAAUUUUCAGCAUCAAAAGUAUUGCAAUCAAAAAAAAUAUAUCCUGAAACUAUAACUUUAAAGAAACCAUGGACACCACAAAGAAUUAUUUUACAGCAAGAGAAUGAAUCUCUCAGGAAAUAUAUUAAUGAGCUAAAGAAUGCACUUAAGGAAAAAAAAGAAAUCUUUAAUAAUAAUGUAAAUGACAAUAUUAUAAAAAAGCUACGAGAUCUUAUAGAUUUUAUUCAAAUAGAAUCAAAUAUUUAUUUGAAAACCAAAGAUUCUGAACUCAGCAAAAUAUUAAAAGAAUUUGAGGAAAUCAAGUUAAAAAAUGAAGAAUUAAAAAAACAAAAUUCUUAUUUAUUAGAGAUGUGGGAACUAGAAAAAGAUCGUGUUAAAAGAAGAGAAAAGCAAUUGGGCAUAGAACAAAUGAAAAACAAACAAAUUUCAGCUCAAUUGGGAAUAUUGGAAGAAGAAAUAAUGAACAGAUAA